CUGGAUUUUUAGAUAAACAGAAUUAUUUAGCGAAAAGGAAGGUAGGUAGCUCCAGGUCCAAGUCAAGUGCCGACUUUUGUCUAAUGGUAAAUCCGCCCCUGGCAGUAAGGUGAACGAGUCCACAAUGUACCACGCGUUAUUACGAUUAAAGACUGAGAUAAAGAGUUGCAGUGGUUAUAUUGACAUACAGCAUACUUAUGCUCUGUAUCCUUCUCACCACUCUGUGUUCACUGCAGAAUGUCAGGCUUGUCUUUUCUACUACUUGCUUUUGCGACCUGCUCUACUGGACAGUUCAUAAAAGUGCGUGAUAUCAGUGCCAGGUAUACCGAUGGACCAGACCAAAAGUUCUAUGGGUGUUGUGAUUUUGAGAAAGAUGCUUGUGGAUGGAAAGAUAUCAGUAAGGAUGGAUUUCGAUGGAGGCUUGAGAAGGCAAACAUCAACAGCAUCCCGGGGGUGGACCAUACCACUGGAACACCAUGGGGUCAGGUCAUGCAUGUAGAGGGUAAGAACCCUGGGAUUUUCUCAAAGGCAGUUUUGGAGUUUUCCUUUCCUCAGCACACAGCACUUGCGUGCCAUAUAAACUUUUGGUAUCAUCUUCAUGAUCCUAUUGGUAUAUCCUCUCAUUUUGCACUAAGCCUGGACACUUAUGGCUCAUCUGUGGUCUUGUGGGAGAUUAAGCAGGGGCAGACUAGUGGUUGGGUAAAUACAGCUGUGGGAAUUGGAAAUCGUCCUGAAGGAACCAAGCUGUUGUUUUCUGUUAAACCAACGUAUAUUGGAACUCAAGAUAUAAUGAUGGAUGACAUCACACUGAUGGACUGUGCAGAAGGGGAUAUUCCUGCAGGCUCAGAGAAGCUCAGCUGUGACUUUGAGAGAGACACAUGUGGUUGGUACUUAGACCAAUCUGCCAAUCUCACCUGGGAGCGGACCAAAGGUCAAAAUCCAUUUGACAAUCAGGGACCAGGACAUGACCAGACAACUGGUUCUGGUUAUUAUAUGUUUGUUGCAACAAAACGGGACUCUAAACCAUCACAGACUGCAAGACUUAUCAGUUAUCCCCAGCGAUCCAAAUGUGUCAGCUUCUGGUAUCAUAUCUAUGGUGCCAGCAUUGGCUCUCUUCGAUUUAUUUCUAAGAACACGAAUGGGACAGAGACUGUCGUAUGGACUAGGGCUGGUACACAGGGCAACAAAUGGCGCUUUGCAGACCUUAGCUUUGCCACCAAUGACAGUCCAGUACAGUUCAUCUUUGAAGCUAUCUUGGGAGGCACUGAUGGCAGUAUUGCUCUAGAUGAAGUGCAGGUCUGGAGCAGUAUAAACGGAUCAUGUCCACCUGAGAGAGAAUGUACAUUCCAGAGCUCACUGUGCGGUUUAGAACCUGACCCUGCAGCUGACUUCCCCUGGGUCAGAAUCACAGGCAUGCAGGCUGCUGGUUCUUCUAGCCCAAGCAAGGAUCACACUCUCGGCACUGACCAAGGUUACUACAUGAGUGCGCAGCUGUGGGACCGGCCAAGCGCUAGUCAAAGCCGCAUGGCGACACGUUUUUAUGAGCCAAAUCUUGAGAGUGAGGAAUGUUGGAUGUUCUGGUAUCACAUGAGAGGGAGAGAUGUGGGUAUGCUCAAUGUGUAUCUUCAUGCGUCACACAACCCACAAGUUACUCUUUGGAGCCGCAGUGGAGAUCACGGAGAGUGGUGGAGACCUGGCCGAGCAACUGUAAUCAGCCCUCUCAGCCCUUACCAGAUCGUAUUUGAAGCAGUGGCUGGGGAGGGUCAGGUUAUGGACAUUGCAAUUGAUGAUCUGAGUGUUUUGAAUGGACGCUGUCCACCUUAUGGGCUGUGUGAUUUUGAGAUGGACCUGUGUUACUGGGUAAGCAGUGCUCUCAGCGUCCGCAGUGUAGACUGGAGCUGGACAUCUGGAGUCAGUGCCUCUAAGUUUGCACCUCAAGUGGACCACACCACCAAUUCCAAACUGGGACACUACAUGGCCUUUGAUACAAAGCACAACGCUGAUGAGCAAACUGCUUAUCUUCAGAGUGAGCUGAUGCAGCCAGUGGACCAGGCAUGCCUAGAGUUCUGGUAUCAUAUGGAUAUGUGGAAUUCUAUAGACAAACUUACACUAACUGUGUAUGUGAACGAGUCAGGCACGUUACACUUCUUGUGGAAUCAGACUGGCGCUCAGGGCAGGGUCUGGCACAAAAUCACACUGGAUUAUGGAGCGUCAGAGGAGUACCAGCUCGUGUUUGAGGCCAAGCGGCCACCGCGUGAUGAAGGGGUUAUUGCCUUGGAUGAUAUCUACUUCAGAGAGAGUGUGAGCUGUGCAGACAUGAUCACCACUACACUAGCCCCGACUACAAAUCCCAUAACACCACCUGCAUCCUCCAUGGACUGCAGCUUUGAGGAGGGACUAUGUGACUGGGUGCAGGAAAGUGAGCAUGGAUUUAGCUGGACUCGUCAACAGGGUCUGCAGGUAGACACAAGCAACAAAGGACUCCUUUAUGACCACACCAUUGGAAAUAAGCAUGGUUUCUAUUUGGCUCUGAAUAUGUCUGGAGACAAAGAUUUUGAGACAGCUGUCCUUUCUGUCAGUGUAAAUAUCCAAGCCUCGACUAUGUGUGUUGGAUUCUGGUAUUUCAUGCUCGGACCAUCAGUGGCAAAGCUGGACCUUGUGGUUAAGAUGAAAACAACAGAAUCGGUUGUGUGGACUAGAAGCGGUACAGAAGCUGCUGAGUGGCUGAAAGCACAAGUCACAGUCAGCUUGGUGGACACACAGAGAUUAAAAUUCACAGGCAGUAGAAAUGCCAAAAGCGAUGGAUUCAUAGCGCUUGAUGAUGUGAGAGUGACCCGAGGUGCCUGUGAAGAUCAUAGCCCAUGUGGCUUUGAAAGCUCUUCUCUGUGUGGGUUUGAUCAAGACAUAAGUGAUAACACUCACUGGCUCCGUGUGAAUGGCAGCACUGGCCAUGUUGAUCACACAUACCGAACUCAAAUGGGUCAUUCAAUGGCUCUUUUGGGAAAAGAGCUUCUGAAACCAGAGACAGCACACCUCCUGACUCCAGCAUACAGUAAAACGACCGAGUCAUGUCUACAGUUCUGGUAUUGGCUGUCUGCUGGAUCUGGUGAUUCUCUCUCAGUGCAUGUUUACCUAAACGGAGAGCUGGGUUCUGCCCUGUUGUCUCUUUCUGGAGCGCCUUCUACAGGCUGGGAGGUGGCCGAGGUCACUGUAUCUUCUCCAGCCAAAUUCAGGGUCACAUUCAAGGCAACGUUAAGUCCUGACCAGGAGUCUUUCAUACUUCUGGAUGAUGUGUCCCUGAGAAAUGGAGCGUGCCUUCCAACAGGAAGUUGUGAUUUCGAGUCAGGGCUGUGUACACGGGUGAAUUCAGACUUGGACGACCAUGAUUGGGUCCAUGCAGAUGGGCAUGCCGGUGGUCCUCUGACUGAUCACACAACACACACUGCAGAUGCUCUGUCUACUGCCGGCUGCUCCUUUGAGGAACACCUGUGUAGGUGGAUCCAGGGAAGUACUGAGGACUUCCUCUGGCUGAGAAAAAGUGGACCAACUGAAACUGUCAAUACUGGCCCUGCAGGGGAUCACACCAGUGGAACAGGAAUCUAUCUAUAUAUUGGAAGCUCAACUCUUAAUAAAAGAGGCAGCGUUGCUCAGCUGAAGUCUCCUGUGCUCCCCCGUACUGGAGAGAACGGAUACUGUCUAAAAAUCCUGUAUCACAUGUUUGGAGCAACAGUGGGCUCACUAAAAAUAAUUCUGCACGCUGUUGAAUCCAGAAUGUCCACAGUGGUGUGGCAGAGGGCGGGCUCUCAGGGAAAUGAGUGGCACGUGGCCCAGAGGCAUGUGAUCCUACAUGAAACUCAUCAGAUAUUGAUCGAGGCCUCAGUAGGUGGAGAGGCUGGAGAUAUUGCUAUAGACGACUUAUCAUUUAUUGAAGGAGCUUGUGCUCCCACAGAUGGACUUUGUGACUUUGAAGAGGGGAGAUGUAACUGGGAACAGGAAGUUGAUGAUGAUCUAGACUGGGUUAGAGGAUCAGGAAAUACUCCAGUCAUAAAAAUCCAACCAAACUUUGACCACACAACCAACACAGACAGUGGACAUUACUUCUACAUGAACUCUUCUUCCCAUGUACACACUGGACACACUGCUAGGAUGUUCUCUCCUCUCUUUACUGCAGGAACUAGCCAGUGUCUUCAUUUGUGGUAUUAUAUGAGUGGGAAGGACACAGGGACACUGAAGGUGUACCAGGAAUACUCAAAUGGAGUUCAUUUGCUGCUGCUGAAUCAGUCUGGAGAGCAAGGCGAGCUCUGGAGAUUUGCACAGACUCCACUGCCUCACACUGGUCCAGAAUACAGAAUCAUAGUGGAGGGGAUAAUGGGACAGAGUGAGCAAGGCACUGUGGCUGUGGAUGAUGUGCUGGUGUCACACUACCCAUGCACCGGUCCAGGCCACUGUGACUUUGAGGUGAACAUGUGCAGCUGGCGCAAUCUGAUGGCUGAGGACGAUAUGGACUGGCUCCGAAAUCAGGGAAACUCUAGAGCUCCCAGCACAGGGCCAAGUGUAGACCACACCACCAAGUCCUCCAUUGGUUAUUAUUUGUAUGUAGACACCACAGUUGGACACUGGGGUAACAGAGCAUUGCUGCUCAGUGAAAUAUAUCCCUCAGACAACAGGGGGCAGUGUUUUACAUUUUGGUACCACAUAUAUGGUCAAAAUGUAGGGACACUCAAUUUAUACAUCAAUAACAGGACAUUGCAUGAUAAUGGGAACAAACUUGGAUAUCUGAUAUGGACAGAAUCAGGAAAUCAGGGGGAUGUGUGGUGGAGUGCCAGCGUGACUAUUGAUCAAAUAGAGCCCUUCUGGUUUGUGUUUGAGUAUCGCAAGGGCAAGGCCUCUGAGGGAGAUGUGGCAAUUGAUGAUACACAGAUUACCUACACAUCUUGUAACCCAGAGCCGCCUACUACAGGAGCCCUUUCUAAUGGUCAAGUUUCAGGAAUAGGAAUAGGAGUGGCAGUUGUAGUAAUCUUACUGGUGGUCGCCAUAGCCUGCAGCACCCUGUACAUGCUACAGUGGAGACACUCAAACAGAGGCUAUUCUACUGAACAUCAUGUUCUGGGAGCAAAUGCAGUCUUUGUGCUCCAUGACCGUGAACGAGAGUUUAUUUUCCAGGAUUCGGAGACUUGAAGAGUGGACAAUCCGUUUUAUAGUUUAUAAGAAGAGGCAGCCUGGGCCAGAAGAAACAUCAAUGAUAACUCAGUGUCAAAGCAGCUAUCCUUAUUCUUAUCUGAUUCCCUUGUUUUUAUAAUACUCUGUAAAUAAAAGGGCCAGUAAAGGACCA